AUGGUUGAGUACGUCAAUAAAGAUUUGUCUUGCGAAUCCACCGUAGAUCGGGUCGGUGGAUAUCUGUAUAGCGGGCAAUAUGAAAAGGUAGAUGACUUUUCACUUGAUCCAGGUUCUAGACAUUACAACCACCAGUUUUAUUAUAUAUACCAGGCGAGAUCGCGUGAGUUGAGACCUCGGACGGAAAGGGAGGCUCUUAGCAAAUGGGGUAACGGUGAUAAAAACAUAGAUGGUCAAACCAUUAUCAAGAAGGAAAAGAUUUUGGAUAUAACUGCUGGUAUUUUGUGUUGGGUAACUGGGACUAUAUUUCGUGAAAUGAAGAAUAAGUUGGACAUUGUUAAAGAUGUUGUCACUGGAGAUGAUGAUGUUUUACCUAGUAUACCUGCCAAGUAUGUGGGUAAUGAAGAAGAUGAUGACUCAGAGGAAGGAACUUACAUAAUUGAAGAUGAAUCUGGGAGAGCUAUAUUAAACUCUGAUACCUUAUUUCGCGAGAAUUUGAUUGUGACUGGAUGUUAUAUGGGAAUUUUGGGUAUAGAGGUUGAAAGUGGGGUAUUUGAAGUUAUGGAUAUAGCAUAUCCAACUAUGGCUCCACAACGGCCAUUACCCAUUGCAGAAAAAGAAGAAGAAGAAAAAGAAGAAUAUAUUGCUAUUGUUUCAGGUUUAAAUAUAGGGCAUGAAGAAGAUUUAAAGCUUGAUCUUUUAUCCCAAUAUCUUAUAGGUGAACUUGGACUGAAUGAAACCAGAGACAAGGCUAAAAGAAUUAUCCGAUUAUUAAUUGUUGGAGACUCUAUAAGACCCAAAACAGUUGAUCUUCGGAACAAAGAUUAUCUAAGUUCAAAUAAUUAUGGUCUGAAGAAUGUUUCAACUUUAGACUUUCCAAAUUUGAAAAAGUUUGAUUAUUUCACCAAUGAAAUAUUGGCUAGCAUACCUAUAACGAUUUUACCUGGACCUAAUGAUCCCAGUGAUAUUUGUUUACCUCAACAACCAAUGCAUAGAUCAUUUCUUAAAUCCAAUAAACAAUUGGUUAAUGAUAUCAAUGCAUUACAUUUAGCUACUAAUCCUACAUGGCUUGAAUUCAAUGGAAUACGAGCCAUUGUCUCGUCUGGUCAAAAUAUCCAAGAUAUUAGAAGAUACAUCCCUUUAUCUUUGGACAAAGAUGCCCAAGAUUAUAGUGGAGGAAAUGAAGGGUUUAAGGGAAUUGAUAUUAUGAAAUAUAAUAUAGCAUGGCAAAAUAUUGUACCAACUGCCCCAGAUACAUUAUUUUGUUACCCCUUUACAGAAAAGGAUCCCUUUGUUCUUUAUGAUGAGACCCCACAUGUAUAUAUAGCCGGGAAUCAACGCCGAUUCGAUGCAGCUAAAGUCGAAAUUCCAAAUUUCGCUGGGAAUGUCAAAUUAGUUAGUGUCCCCAGGUUUAGUGACCUGGGGACUAUUGUGCUUAUGAGUACAAAGACCAGGGACGUAGAGGUUGUUGAAUUUAGCAUUUGA